AUGGGACUAACUCAAGAUGGGAUUCAAGACGUGUUUGGUGUUAACCAUGUUGGCCAUUUUCUUUUCACUCUUUUAUUAUUGCCAACCAUCAAAGCGUCCAGCCCAUCACGUAUUGUCAAUGUUAGCAGCAUCGUUCAUCGUUAUCCACCAUCAGGAGGAAUAGAAUUUGACAAAUUGAAUGAUCCAAAUGUUCAAACAGCUAUUCAAGGAUAUUUUCAAGCGAAACUUGCAAAUGUUUUAUUUACCAUUGAACUUAGUAAAAGACUUUUAGACGCAAACGUUUAUUGUAAUUGCCUUCAUCCAGGUGUCAUAAAUACAGAACUAUCCCGUGGACAUUUUGCUACUUGGAGUUUUUGGAUGAAACCACUUGCUCGUAUUAUUUCAAUAUUUCUGUUAACACUUGAUGAUGGCGCGUUAACACAACUUUACUGUGCUACAAGUCCUGAAAUUGAAGAAAAAAAUUACCGUGGAAAAUAUUUUGUACCUUUUGGUGUGUUAGGUAAAACUUCCAAUUAUGGUAAAGACGAGGAAUUGGCUAAAAAAUUGUGGGAUUUUUCCGAAAAUUUUGUUAAGGAAAAGUUAGGUGAUGACAUUCUUAGCAAAUGUUUUGAUUAA